AUGGUGGACCUCCUCUCCCCUUAUCCUUUCCUGGGGGCUAUGGGGGAUCCCUCCAAAAAAAAACCCGGGAUUGCCAUGUGCGUGGGCUGCGGGAGCGAAAUCCAGGACCAGUACAUCCUGCGGGUCUCCCCGGACCUCGAGUGGCACGCGGCGUGCCUCAAGUGCGCCGACUGUAGCCAGUACUUGGACGAGACCUGCACGUGCUUCGUCCGAGAUGGCAAAACCUACUGCAAACGGGAUUACAUCAGGCUCUUCGGCAUCAAGUGCGCCAAGUGCGCGUCGGGCUUCGGCAGCAGCGACCUGGUGAUGCGCGCCCGGGACCACGUCUACCACCUGGAGUGCUUCCGCUGCUCCGUGUGCAGCCGGCAGCUGCUGCCGGGCGACGAAUUCUCGCUGCGGGACCACGAGCUGCUCUGCCGCGCCGACCACAGCCUCCUGCUCGAUCGGGCCGGCUCGGCCGAGAGCCCCCCGCGCAGCCCCGGGCACCUGCCGGGCACCCGGCCCAGCCUCCAGCUCGCAGAUUCGGCGCCCGGGCGGCAGCCCUCGCUGCGUCCCCACGUGCACAAGCAGGCGGAGAAGACGACGCGGGUGCGGACGGUGCUGAACGAGAAGCAGCUGCACACGCUGCGCACCUGCUACGCGGCCAACCCGCGGCCGGACGCGCUGAUGAAGGAGCAGCUGGUGGAGAUGACGGGCCUGAGCCCGCGCGUGAUCCGCGUCUGGUUCCAGAACAAGCGCUGCAAGGACAAGAAGAAGUCCAUCCUCAUGAAGCAGCUCCAGCAGCAGCAGCAGCAGCACAGCGACAAGACGAGCCUGCAGGGCCUGACUGGGACCCCGCUGGUGGCUGGCAGCCCAAUCCGUCACGACAGCGCCGUGCAGGGCAACGCCGUGGAGGUGCAGACCUACCAGCCCCCCUGGAAAGCGCUCAGUGACUUCGCCCUGCAAAGCGACUUGGACCAGCCUGCCUUCCAGCAACUGGUCUCCUUUUCAGAAUCCGGCUCACUGGGAAACUCCUCCAGCAGUGAUGUCACAUCGCUGUCCUCCCAACUCCCAGACACCCCCAACAGCAUGGUUCCUAGCCCGGUGGAGACGUGAGAAGAGCCUCCUCCUCCUCCUGCCCGCCCACCCCCACUCCCCACGGACUUUCGCAUGCUCCUGCUCCUUGCAUGAGAUCUCCUGAGCUCUGAGCAAACUCAACUCUUUAAAUUAUUAUCUUUAUUUAAAACCCAGCGCCUCGUUCUUUCCUCAUCCGUCUUGGCUGUCACCUCUUCUGGAUCUGGACUCCACCGCCUUUCUCAGACCACAGCGGGGA